UGUUGCACACUUGGUGUCUUGCAUGGAAGACAAGUGGCUUGUUGCAUAUAAGGAACUAUGACUUACCUUUCCUAUAAAUAGCAAGCUCGUUUGCAUCCUUUCAAUCAUCCCAUUAUGUAUUAACACAACAACAAGAAUUAGAGCUUCUAAAGAAUGAGAGAGAAAAAUAUAGAGAUGGCAUAUAGUUUCUCCUAUAAGGUUUCUUUCGGUGUUAGUAUUCUCAUAUUUCGAAUAGAGAGAAACUUGUCUCUCCUUAUAUUUAGAGAGGUUUUGUAAUUUUUCCCACUUAGUGAAAGUUCUCUACUAUUGCCUCCGUGAUUUUUUCCUCUUAUUUGUUGAGGGGUUUCCACGUAAAUAUUAUUCUAAAGUUGCAAGCUCACUCCCUUGUCCUAGGAAGAUAAGUCUCUAGUAAAAUCCUGAAACCAAACAGACACAUCAAUGAAGGAAACAAAGGGUUGUAGAUUGUUACUUAUCCCUUUACCAUUACAAGGACACAUAAAUCCAAUGCUUCAACUUGCACAAAUCCUUUACUCAAAUGGUUUUUCCAUAACCAUCAUUCACACAAGUUUUAAUUCCCUUAACCCAUCAAACUAUCCUCACUUCAACUUCUGUUGUAUCAAAGAUGGUUUAAGUGAAUCUUCUGCUUCAAAUCUCUUGAAUUUGGUAGUUGAACUCAACAUUAGAUGUGUGAAGCCAUUCAAGGAGUGCUUAGGUAAACUACUAUGUGAUGUAUCUGAGGAACCUAUUGCUUGCUUGAUAUCAGAUGCUAUGUGUUAUUUCACUCAAGAUGUUGCUACAAGCUUUAAGCUUCCAAGGCUUGUUUUGAGAACUGGUGGUGCAUCUUCCUUUGUUGCUUUUGCUGCCUUUCCAUAUUUAAGAGAAAAUGGGUAUUUUCCUAUACAAGAAUCUAAAUUGGAGGAUGGAGUGAAAGAGCUACCACCACUCAGAGUGAAAGACUUACCAAUGAUCAACACAAAGGAACCAGAGAAAUAUUACGAGUUAAUAUGCAAUUUUGUCAACAAAACCAAAGCCUCAUUAGGAGUGAUUUGGAACACCUUUGAAGACUUGGAAUCAUUACCACUAUCAACACUAAGCCAACAAUUUUCAAUUCCAAUGUUCCCAAUAGGACCUUUUCACAAGUAUUUCCCUACUAACAAUACAUCUUCUUCUAGCAGCUUAAUACCACAAGACCAAAAUUGCAUUUCAUGGUUAAACAAACACAAACCAAAAUCUGUGGUUUAUGUGAGUUUUGGAAGUGUAGCUUCAAUAACCGAGGCGGAGUUUUUGGAGAUAGCUUGGGGUUUAGUCAACAGUAAUUAUCCGUUUUUGUGGGUGGUUAGACCGGGACUAAUCGGUGGCCACGAGUGGCUUGGGCCGUUGCCAAAUGGGUUCAUGGAGAAUUUAGAAGGUAGAGGCUAUAUAGUGAAAUGGGCACCACAACAAGAAAUUCUAGCUCAUCAAGCUGUUGGUUUGUUUUGGACUCAUAAUGGUUGGAAUUCAACUUUGGAGAGUAUUUGUGAAGGGGUUCCUAUGAUAUGUAUGCCUUGUUUCACCGACCAAAAGGUGAAUGCUAGGUAUGUUAGUCAUGUUUGGAGGAUUGGAUUGCAAUUAGAGAAUGGAAUGGAGAGAGGGAAAAUAGAGAGGACUAUUAGAAAAAUGAUGGAAGAUGAUAUUGAAGGGAAUGAGAUUAGAGAUAGAGCUUUGAAAUUGAAGGAAGAGGCUAGGGUUUGUUUGAAAAAAGGUGGUUUUUCUUGCUCUUCCUUGGGAAGGUUGGUUGUUCAUAUUUUGUCAUUGGUGUCAUUUACUUUUGAAGCUUCAUAGUUUGGAUCGUUUCCGAAAAGGUUUGUCAUUUCUUGAAGAGCAAGAAAUGGUUAUGGUGGUGUUUUUUUUUUUAGGGAAUGGUGUUGUUUUUUUAUCUCUCUUUAGUCACAUUAAUUAAUAUAAGUGGCAUAUUUUCUAGGGUUAAGUGAUGUAUUUCAUUUGGUGUUAGAAUAUGAAGUUAAAUUUCUGGGUCUCGUUAA